AUGUCGGAGAAGGAUUCAACAAUUAAACUAUUACUCAUUGGAGAAAGUGGAGUUGGGAAAAGUUCACUUUUACUUAGAUUUUCUGAAGAUGCUUUCAACCCAAUGUACAUUACGACUGUAGGUAUUGAUUUCAGAGUUAAAAAUAUUGAGUUAGAUAAUAAGAAAUUAAAGUUACAAAUAUGGGAUACGGCUGGACAAGAACGAUUUAGAACUAUUGUAUCAAGUUAUUAUAGAGGAGUUAUGGGAAUUGUUUUAGUAUAUGAUAUUACUUCAAGAGAGUCUUUUAACAACAUUGAAUAUUGGAUGAGAAACAUUGAAGCUAAUGCAGACCAAAAUGUUAAUAAAAUUCUUGUUGGAAAUAAGUGUGAUGCUGAAGAUAAAAGAGUUGUUACAAGUGAAGAAGGACAACAAAUGGCUAAUAAAUUAGGAAUUCCAUUCUUAGAAACAUCUGCCAAAAAUUCAUUAAAAGUUGAUGACUGUUUUAUUUCAUUAGCACGUGAUGUUAUUCAAAGAAUUGGUGAAUCAUCUCAAAGUGCACAACCAGGAAUUGUUGACCCAACCCAACAAACCCAACCAACUGAAUCAACUGGAUGUUGUUAAUCACAUUUCCUUCUUCUUC